CUGCAUCUCUCCUGUUCAGAUUGCAACAAAGUAGCUUAGAGAGCAUUAGCUAAAAGCCAGAAACUUUAGUUUCUUUCCUACCACUAUCUUCUAUCACUAUUUUCCUCAAGAAGGUUGGGAGAAGGAGAAUCAAGAAUGGAGUUCCAAAGCGAUCAAUCCAGAGAUAUUUCACCUCAAAGGAAAAUGGGGAGGGGAAAGAUCGAAAUCAAGCGGAUCGAGAACACAACAAACCGGCAAGUGACCUUCUGCAAGCGCAGAAAUGGUUUGCUGAAGAAGGCCUAUGAGUUAUCUGUUCUGUGCGAUGCAGAGGUGGCACUGAUUGUCUUCUCUAGCCGUGGCCGCCUCUAUGAGUAUGCCAACAACAGUGUGAAAGAAACAAUUGAUAGGUACAAGAAGGCUUGCACAGAUACCACUAAUAGUGGUUCCAUUUCUGAAGCCAAUGCUCAGUUUUAUCAACAAGAAGCAUCCAAAUUACGCGUACAAAUCAGUAAUUUGCAGAACCAGAAUAGGAACUACAUGGGUGAAGGUUUAGGUGGGUUAAACCUUAGGGAUCUCAAGAACCUGGAGUCCAAAAUUGAGAAAGGAAUCAGCAAAAUCCGUGCCAAGAAGAACGAGAUGCUAUUUGCCGAAAUUGACUACAUGCAAAAGAGGCAGGAAAUCGAUUUACAUAAUAACAACCAAUACCUCCGCGCAAAGAUAAUAGAGACAGAGAGGGGACAGCAAAUGGAGUUAAUGCCCGGGAGUUCAAGCUACCAUCAUCAUCACCAUGAGCUAGCCGCACCGCCACCGCCGCCUCAUCACCAGCAAUUUGAUGCUCGGAACUACCUUCAACUUGAUGGCUUUCAAUCUUCCCCUCAUUACUCUAAGCCGCAAGAACAUGAAUUACCCCUUCGGUUAGUCGGUUUUGAUUUGCAUGAUGUGCCAUCCUCAACCGUCGACAGCUAAUGUUCCUAGCUCCAAGGGGAAAUGAUCCAUCCCGCCGGCCGGCCAGCUCUUUGUCGUGAAAUAGCUGAGAUAUAUACUCAUGUAUGAAGAAAGACAACCUAGCUAGCUAGCUUGCUGGAACUGUGGCUUGGAUCAUGCAUCAAGAAGAUCAAUUUUCCAUUCUAAUGUUUGUUAUGAUAAUUGGAGACAUUAUUGCAUGUCUAGCUAAUUUAUAUUUCUACUGCUCUUUUAUUUUUGCUGCUUUGAUCAAACUGUACGGGCACGAUUGCUGACCUGGAUUAUAUAAAUAUGAUUUUCAAAAUGUUUGUGGAGUCUAAUAUUAUACGAAACUACAUUUCAAUUUUCA